UGUUACAGUAGCACCUAGGAGCACCCUUCGGGGAUCAGGGACACGCUGUGUAAGGCGCUGAACAGACACCAAGAACUCGUCAUGCUGCAUCGCCGGGUGCCCCUCACGUCCAGUGUCACUCUGCACCCGGCAUCCGCUCCAUGUUGGGCCAGUCUCAGGGUCCCGGCCGGCGGUAAGAUGGCGGCGGCGGCGGCGGCCGAGUGCGAUGUGAUCAUGGCGGCGCCCGAGGGGCCCGGGCUGCUGGGCGGCGAGGAGCAGACGCGCAGAGAAGCAGAGUCUUUCAAGGAACAAGGAAAUGCUUAUUAUGCCAAGAAAGAUUACAAUGAAGCAUACAACUACUACACAAAAGCCAUAGACGCAUGUCCUAACAAUGCCAGUUAUUACGGGAACAGAGCAGCCACCCUGAUGAUGAUGGGGAAGUUCCGGGAAGCACUGGGAGAUGCUCAGCAGUCAGUCCGAUUGGAUGAUACCUUUGUACGGGGACAUGUACGGGAAGGGAAGUGUCACCUCUCUCUCGGGAAUGCCAUGGCUGCCAGCCGCUGCUUCCAGCGAGUUCUAGAACUGGAUCACACGAACCCUCAGGCACAACAAGAGCUGAAGAAUGCGAGUACUGUGCUGGAAUACGAGAGAAUAGCUGAAAUUGAUUUUGAGAAACGAGAUUUCAGGAAGGUCGUGUUCUGCAUGGACCGUGCUUUGGAGUUUGCUCCUGCCUGUCAUCGGUUCAAAAUCCUCAAGGCCGAAUGUUUGGCACUGCUGGGUCGCUAUCCAGAAGCACAGUCGGUAGCUAGUGACAUCUUAAGGAUGGACUCCACAAACGCAGAUGCCCUUUAUGUCCGAGGUCUUUGCCUUUACUAUGAAGACUGUAUCGAGAAGGCCGUGCAGUUCUUCAUCCAGGCACUUAGGAUGGCCCCUGAUCACGAGAAAGCAUGUCUCGCCUGCCGAAAUGCCAAAGCCCUUAAAGCAAAGAAAGAAGAUGGAAAUAAAGCAUUUAAAGAAGGCAAUUACAAACUAGCAUAUGAACUGUACACAGAGGCACUGGGGAUAGACCCAAAUAACAUAAAAACAAAUGCCAAACUCUACUGUAACCGGGGGACGGUUAAUUCAAAGCUUAGGAAACUAGAAGAUGCAAUAGACGACUGCACAAAUGCAAUAAAACUGGAUGACACGUACAUCAAAGCGUACCUGAGGAGAGCACAGUGUUACAUGGACACAGAACAAUACGAAGAUGCUGUGAGGGAUUAUGAAAAAGUUUACCAGACAGAGAAAACGAAAGAACACAAGCAAUUCCUAAAGAAUGCACAGGUGGAACUGAAAAAGAGCAAAAGGAAAGACUACUAUAAAAUCCUCGGGGUGGACAAAAAUGCCUCCGAAGAUGAGAUCAAGAAGGCCUACAGGAAACGGGCACUCAUGCACCACCCAGACCGGCACAGUGGGGCGAGCGCAGAAAUACAGAAAGAAGAGGAGAAGAAGUUUAAAGAAGUCGGAGAAGCCUUCACCAUCCUGUCAGAUCCCAAGAAGAAGGCUCGCUACGACAGUGGGCAGGAUCUGGAGGAGGAUGGCAUGAACAUGGCAGAUUUUGAUGCUAACAAUAUCUUCAAGGCUUUCUUUGGUGGGCCAGGUGGCUUCAGUUUUGAAGCUUCUGGGCCAGGAAAUUUCUUUUUCCAGUUUGGCUAAACUAAAAACAUACAAACCACAAACACCCACCUGAAAUGCUCGUUUUAACCUUGAAUAUGGACAUAAUUAGACUCCUGCCUUCAUCAUGUCUCAUUGUACUUAGAGCAGUUUCAUUUUCUCAGUUGGAGACCUCUCUGUUGUGUGCUUUGUGUGAGAAGAGGAAACCAAUGCUGAAGAGAGGGGGGCGGGGAAGGCUUGUGAAUUUUGUUUUACUGUUAACUUUAUUAAAAAAAAUAAAAUGUUUUGAAUCAUUUGGUCCCUCCAUGCUGGCCCAUGUUUUCAGACUGUUCGGACUUCCUCCAGGGUCCUGUUGCUGGCAACCCAGCUUGUUCAUGGCUCCUUUUGGUUGGUUCCAGAGUGCAGGAUGGCACAACAUCAGGGUUUCUGGAACCCCAUUUUCACUUGUAAGUAACUGAAUCGUAACAGGGUUUUUAUAACAUCCAAGCAGCUACGUCCUGUUUGCCAGCUGCAGUUUUGUUUGCUGUGGCUAUGCGAGAAUGUACACCCGGGCAUUAAUGUAAAUGAUAAACAGGGAUCUUAAUGUUUUUGUACUGGAGAGAAAUCCUCCUUCAGAUUUACGGGAGCCGCCGAUACGAGAGAGCUCCCUAUGGGGCAGCUAGAAAUGAGUGCUCUAAAUGCGCCCACUCCAAGACACCCCGUCUUUGUUUAAGGGGAUAUUUAAUUUGGUCUGGGGUGAAUUUCUUUUCAGUUCCUCUUUAUAAUUCAUUCACUUGAUCAUUUAAUUGCAGCAUAUGAGAUUAAAAAAUGGCUUUGCUGGGUUUGAUUGGUUUGUUUCUACGGUCUAAAAAUAGUCUUUAUGACGUUUUUCCAUAUUGCAUAUCCGUAAUGCAGGCUGCCCAUUUCCAACUUGUAAAAACGCACAGCAUGUUUGAAGAAUGGUUACUAUGGGCUCAGUGAACUAUUGGUAACGUUUACAGAAAUUGGUGUCUGUUUUUAAUGUAACACAACUGCGUGAGUUUUAAAUGGCAUUCCAAGUGUUUUACAGGAACAAAGAAAUUCCAAGUUGUAGCAGAAACUGUGGGCUGAUGGUGCAUAACUUGCCUCACUGCCUCUUUGUGCCAGCCUGUGUGAUCUGUCGAUGAGCUGAAGCCAGAGCGGCAUGCAGACACGUACUCCCGAACACAGAACUGACGUGCUUUUAGAGCGUUGCCUGGCUUCUCACGCCAACACUGCCCUUUGGUGUUUACUGUGGAUUGGGGUCAUGCCCUGCCCUGAUACUGGCUGUGAGGGGAGCCUGGCUCUGUGGAGUGAUUCCUGUUUCCAUAUAGUAAAGAACUCAUGUAACUAGAAUCAUCUCCACUGAACGAAUGCGCCACCUGUGAAGUAGUUUUGGAGAUCUUCACAGUAGCCUUAUGUCUGAUGGGAUUUUCAGUGGCCUUUACCAUAGAUGUGGAGUUUGCGUUUGUAGAAAUAAUUGCUAGAUAAAUGCUAACCAGCACUGGCCCGAACAGGCAGAACCAUUUCUGAGGAAGAUUCUCUUGUGAUUGUGUUAAACUGCAAUUGCUGUUUUGUAGAGACAGUUGUUGAAAAGCUGCAUCUCGUUUGGCUGAGAGUGCAGACGGGUUGUGCAUAAAUGUAAAUGUAAGGACGUAGGUGGUACUCGAAGAAAUCUUUCUAUCUAGCAGAUCUGACUGGCUGACUGACUUUGUGUGUGGUAUUACAGAAAACAGUUGACUUCCAAUUCACAUUCCCUUAAUAUCUUCCCUCCAGUCAAGGGCUGGACGCCUCCUUCAAUUCAGUUGGCUGCAGGAUUGCCAGAUUGCAAUGCCAGGCAUGUGUCUCUCUCAGAUGGCAUAGAAAUGCAGGGUACUGCCACCAAAAAAGUAAGUCCUGCUGCUGCUUCUAUCAGAAAUAUGACAAUCUGCUCUCAUGGAGGGCAGAUCUAAGGGCUUAAUUCCAGUUAUUGCAGCCCAAUAUCAGCAAAGGAAGUUCAUGAGCCAGCACUGAGAAAUGGUUUAGAAGACUGAGACCCCCACAGCAUUUAUUCUUCUCCCUCACACCAGUGUAACUUGAUGGACUCAACCUUGUGACUCUGGUGUAAGGGAGAGCGGAGUAGGGUGCCAGAAUCUUACCAACUCCCGUAGGUUAAAUGUCUUGGGGCAUAAAAGUUGAUCUGCAUUUUGAAACUUUCUGUGGUUUUUUUGCAAAUCAAAGUUUACGUGACAUCACUUCGGUGGGAUGUUCGGGAUUCACAGCUGCACCGUUUGGAAUCAUCUCAGAUUCUAUGAGCAGAGUACAGAGACAUUUCUUGCAUUUCGUCAAUGUUCUUUUUUAGUUAAGUGUUGGCUGACUUCCCUGCUCCCCACUUCUAAAAAAGACAGUUCUUUCGGGCGUGAAGAGGGGACAUAUACACAGCAGAUAUUUAUAUGAACUGUACACGACUGCAUGAUUUAUUGUAGUUAAAUAUUAAUAUGGUGAGUGCCAAGACUUUUUAAAAAGCACUACUGUGAGACUAAACGUGAAUGCAAACUUCCAUUCACUUUGCAGAGUGCAUUCUAACACUAGUGGAAAUUCAGUAAUUGUACUGUUAUCUCAGGACAGUAGCAAAUGAUUAUUGUGGCACAUGUAUAUUAAAAUUGCAGCCUCCCUCUUGUGUUAACACAGUAGCUUGGACAGGGGGAACUUUCUUUCGGACCAUAUCAGCCUAGAUGUGUGUGUGGUUUAAAACAUUGCAGUCACACUUUACAGUUACUGAGCUGAGUGUUGGGUUCAAAUCCUGGUCAGGCACAGACACAACCCGAACUCCAAAAAUGAGUUUAAGAACAUUAAGCUGCUUCUAGCUCCCUUUCUGUGGGCUCUUUCUCGGCUGACUGUGCUGUGUCAGGGGGAGGGCUCUUUAUCAGCACACUUGGAGUUUUGCUCCAAGGACGGACUUUUUUUGGAGCUACAGGCUCUGUUUAAUGCAACUAUUUACAAGAGCAAUUUGCAGAGAUUUUGGGGGCAACAUAAUUAAGUAGUUCAUGAACCAGUGUAAGUCCCCAGAGCACUUUGGCAUCCAGCUAGAAUGAGGAUUGAGAGCCACUUGGCUGUAGUUUCUUUCCAGCAAUCAGUGUUUACCAAGCUGGUCUUCAGAUAAAUGAAUGACUGAAGUAUUCAGACCACCCAGUGGCUUGCUCUCUUGGCAGAUUACCUCCUCACUUCUUUAACACUAAGGGUUCGGCAACAGAUCUGCUUUGAAUAGACUUGUGUUCUUCCAGCUCAGAAAAACAAGUUUGUGUGUCACGCCACCUUUAGAUUCCCUGGUCUAGUGCUAAAGUCCAGCUCCCUCAGUACUGAAACUGGUUCUGAAAAGCAACAAACCCAACGCUAGUAAGAACUAUGACCCUGCUCUAAAUCUCAGAUCAUUUACAUGCAACAGCAGCUCUGCUGGGAGCAGAUUUUCCCGUUAGAACCUACUCCCUAGAACAGAGGAACAUACAUAUGGGUUGAGAUAGUAAGUAGGGAACCUUUUGGCUCCACCCUUCCCUAGUUUUCCCCAGCUGUGCACACAGUUGGAUACGAUCUUCCUGAUAAGCUGGGUACUGGCACACAGAACUGACUGCAUCCAAAUGCAGACUAGUAGCGGGAGUGCUAAGCUGGCUUGUCUGUUCCACAAGUGGUAGAAUGUUGUUGGGCUAGAGCUUUGGUUGAUGGCACAAAAAUACUGUUGUUUGUCAGCUUCCAUCUUUCACAUUCUGUGGCUGGGCAGGCACUGUGACUGACAGGCACUCUUAAACUGAUACCCCCUCUUACUCUCUGCUUUCACUUAAUGGCUCGUGCUAUGCAAGAAAGGUGAAAAUGGUAAGAGUGUGAAGCAAUGCUUUUGCAGUGCAAAAUGGCAACCUGAACACCUUUUGUUGCAUGCAUAAUAUCUGCUUUAUUGUAAAGAGACUUUAAAGAGUACUAGAGGCAAAAGCUGAUACAGAUGUGAAGCCCCUCAGAGAGGACAUCUGCCCCUGUGCUGUAGUAUUUAAUUGAAUUUAAGGAAUAGAGUCUGUAUGUUUACCUCAGCGUAAAGAUUUAGCCUCUCCCUGGAGAGGAAGGUUAUUGCAUGAAGCAAUCUGUAUUCUAGAUCGCUCUCCUAACUGCCCAGCCCUCUUAAGGCAGGCUUCACAUUGGUAUAAACACUGUCCCUCUUCGGGCCCUUUACCUUUCUAGGCUGUGAAGGGUAAAAAAUGUGAAUAUUUGUUGUUUACUUCAUUAGGCAUAAUUCAUAUGAUGUGUUUAUAUGCAGAAUCGCAACCAGCCUGAAGCAAAACCAUGUGCAAUUGGUUUGUUCUAAACUGUAUAUGAUGUACAAACUAAUAAACAGUUCAACGAGGA